AUGAUGAUGACAGUGGGGGCUGGGAACUGUAGACUCGUGUUCAUCCUAAUAUUUCUUCAAUGAAGAACAGAAACUAUGUCCCCCCUUCACAGUGCUUUUAAACCGUAAAACACAAUCCCAUUCUCAAAGCGAAUGCUCUGCUCUUUUUCUAGGUGUGUAUGACCCGUCGGACCUUUCCUUUGCUACCAUUCCUCCUCCGAGCUGCAUGGUUCCAUCGAGCUGUGCCACAUGCCGCAAACAAACCUUUCGUGACUCGGAAUGUGAUGGCACGAGAGUGAUGCGGGCGGAAAUCGGCAUGUGCAUCUUCCUGGCACCAGUGUGCCAGCCGUCGGCAGAUGAAUCGUCAUCUCAACUAACUAAUCAAUCCAUACUCAAGUCCACAUACUUCCUUUAUUUUACAAUUGUCACUUACAGGGACUGUUGGCUAUCUGAAACCACAGUUCUGGCAUAUACAGUGUGAUGUUAAUACUAGCUUAACUAUACCGGCUUUCCACUCGCUUUGUUAGUUUGCGUGUCGAUUUAUUUUUUAAUUUUAUUUUUAAGAAUCUCCUCAAAGCAAAUUGGCCACUGAAUUUGGCACAUUUACAUUUUUCGUAUUGAGGUGACCAUAGUUUAGAGCUUCCUCCUUUUUGAGGAAUAUAUAUUUUUCAUUCAUUUAAUCGGUUUGUUCAGAUAUUAAUUACAAAUUAUAAUCUCAUUCAUGCCAUGUAUAACUCAGUCAUUCAACCACGUUUUUGUUUUGAAUUUGCCCUGGUAAUACAAAUUUAAUAGACAGGUAUGAAUAUUUGUGCAAUUCCUGCACUGGCUUUGAGAACAAGGACUUUCAUAUGUUCACGUACAUCUGUUUUCAAGAGGACAUUCCACUUAGUGUCGAGUAAAUCCUGUUGUCAUACUGCUUUUGCUUAGAGUUGCUAUCUGCUGUCACGAUGACAUUAUCAUUAUCCCAAAACAAACAUUCCAAUUUGUGUCAGUUGAUUUGCUUCAUCAGUAAUAUCUGCCUAUGUCUCCUAACCAAAAAGAAGCAUUCAGUUUGUACUCAUUUGAACAGUGAGCAUAGCAUGUACUUCCAAAUGUACUCUUCUUGCGUAAUUCGGAAGGCCCAAUCUGAUAUACACCAAUUCAAGAGGAUAAAGCAAUAUCAUAAAUAUUGUUUUCUAACAGUAGAAGUUUUAAUAAAUCAAAUCGAUCUGUAUUCAUUGAAUAUUCAUUGCUACUUGACAUAAACAUGUUGAAUACAGCAAAUAACAUUAGCAUAACUCAGGGCUAUGACAUAAUAAUUGAGAUAAGGGGAUCUUGUCUUAAUCACUUUCUAUGGGUGCCUUUAUAGCUAAGUUAUUCUGGGAAUUGUUGUAGUUUGUAUAUUUCCUACAGUCAAAGCGUGUACGUUUUUUGCGUUUAAUUUCUUAAUAAACCCAAAAGUAUUUUGGUGCGAUUUAUUUUAAAUGUAUGCUCUCUUCAGCCUUUAUCCAGACUUGAUCCACAUCUACACUUGAUAAUGCAUUGACAUGAAUACUUUUCUAAUACCUACUAAAACCUGGUAAUACUAAAUCAAGUAUAGUAGGAAAGAAAUGCACUUAACCUUCUUUCGGCCAAUCAACCGGUCUGAUUUCAACGCCCUCCAAUCUGGUUUUGCCUUUUGAGAGGACGGGCAGAGAUUGUGCUGUGACUAGCAGGCGCGGCGCCAUUUCAUCCUCGGAAACCAGUGGCAUCCCGCCGUGAAAGGUACGAAAGGAGAAAAUGUGAUCUAUCGCUUUAUUUUUUAUGUGAAUUCUGACAUUGCAUAUUGCCGUAUGUGAACAGCAAAUAACUGAAAUAAAGCUAUGAAAGAUCAUAUGACCAUGCAACGCGUUUCGGAUAUAUUGUUAGCAUAGCAUGCUCGUUAUGUAUGCAUUUGCAGACAGGUGUAAGAGUUGCCACAAAAGGCAAUUCAGAGUCGCUAGCUGUCUUGCACGUUACAAAUGACCACGUGCAAAUAUAUGCUUCAGCUAUGCUGAUCGCUGAAAUAGCGAUGUCUUAACGUUAGCUUACGAGCCUGAAUCAUUAGGCCUGAAUGAAUACCAAUGGACAGCUUGUCUAGUUCCAAAAUCCUGCUAGAUACUUCUGACACUGGUGGCAGAGAGAGUAACCAACAUUAUGAUUGGUUAAUUGGUCCUGAUAAUAAUCCAAUGCAUCCACUUGCACUGCACAGUGGAUUAUUGAUAGAGCACAUUUAUCAAAUCAUUUGAUAUUCUAGUAGAUAGGUUAAUCAAUAUGCUCUUAGGUUCAUAAGACUUCCUGAGCCAAGAGUGUUUUUUUAAUCAAGUGAUUUCAUCUGUCUAAUUUCCUCUUCCACUGUUCAUAUACUGAAGCAGGAGCAUCACCAUGGUGAAAAUCUUCAUUGGGAAUUUGUCACCAGACACCACGACAGAGGAGCUGCGCUCCCUCUUCUCCCAGUAUGGCAAGAUCUCAGAGUGCGACAUCGUCAAGAACUUUGGAUUUGUGCACAUGGACGACAAAGCCAAGGCGGAAGAUGCCAUCAAGAAUCUCCACCACUACGAGCUCAAUGGGCAGGCCAUGAACGUGGAGAUGAGCCGCAGCAGAUCCAAAGCCUCCACCAAGCUGCACGUGGGUAAUAUCAACAGCAGCUGUACCAACCAAGAACUGCGGGCCAAGUUUGAGGAGUACGGCCCAGUGGUGGAGUGUGACAUAGUGAAGGACUAUGCCUUUGUCCACUUGGAGCGUGUGGAGGAUGCCAUGGAGGCCAUCAGUGGGCUGGACAACACGGCCUUCCAAGGUGAACUCACACAGGCAGGGCUUGGUUGGUCGGUGCCCAAUGUGGUGUAGGUCCACCCUGGUAAUUAGAAUGAGUUCUAUUCACUAAGAAAAGGUCUUAACAAAACUGAUAGGUAAGUCAUGGAUAAAGGUAAGUGGUGAAAGAGUAAGGCACAGUCAACCGCUAUCUCCAAAUACAUCAAACACGUGUUGUACACAUUUUUUUAACUUUAAAGUUCAAACCAAAAUAUGGACUAGAUUUUUGUUUGGAAAGACCCUUAUGCGUCAGUUGUGGAUAUAUUUUCAUAUACCUGGAUCAGUGUUGCUUGGAUAGAACAUGGAAUAAUCGUCAGUGUUUACUUUCAGAGGAGUUCCAAAAUGUAGGCUAUUAGGGUAGUGUUUUAGUUCAUGCCCGGCUUGUAUCUUAUUCCGUAGAUCAUGUACAUGGAUAUAGAUGGAACAGUUAAUUGUAUCGUCGUAAACUCUUGCGUCUUUUUUUUUUAAGGCAAACUGCUGAGCGUGAAGCUUUCGACUAGCCGCCUGCGUACUACGCCCGGCAUGGGAGAGAGGACUGGUUGUUAUCGGUGCGGGCAGGAAGGCCACUGGUCCAAAGAAUGCCCGCUCGACACGUUGGGCAACUACAGAGAGGGUGCCGAGCCAAGCUCUGACGGAUUUAAUAGCGGUGCCCCCAGGUUCGGCGGGGGCAGUCGCGGCGGCCGCGUUUAUCAACGGGGCUUCAGUGGCGACGAUCCAGGUUACGGUGGCAGCUACGCUUCCGUGCACGACAUCGGCAGCAGGGGGUCUGCUUACGGCAGCGACAGUGUACCCGGGUAUGACAGGGGCGCGGGCUACGAGAGCGCAAUGAGUUACGGUGUCCCGCAAGGUUAUGGAAUGAGCGCUGCCGAACAUAGCAUGGCCCGGACAUACGCCAGCGAGGCAGCGUACGGAGGCAGCAGCUUGAGCUAUGGUGCGAUCCCAGCCAACCCAGUGCGCCGGUCAUCUUACGAGGACCGGGAUCCGUAUGGUGUCGUGGACUUCUACAAGAAGUACCGGGCUCAAUCGUAUGGAGCCAGUUAUUUUGAAGAGCGCCGGUCUGUCCCUUUGCCAGCCCCACCUCCCCCCUCCUCGGCCAUAAUGAGGGAGCGCCUGCCGCCCUCUAGCCUCGACCAAUACGAGCGCCAUCCCCUCCCCCUACCAGCCCCCAUCUCCUCAUACUACUCACGCGACCGGAGCCCGAUCCGGCGAAUCCCUGCUGAUGCUGAGGGCUACGCGUACGAGCGCGCGCGCCUCUCCCCGGUGUCCUCCCUCCCCAGAAGCUUGGCUUAUGACAUCCCGCGGGACCCCUACGCCGAGCGGGCGCGCUAUGCUUACUAA